AUGUACUCAGAGUGGAGAUCCUUGCAUCUCGUCAUUCAAAAUGAUCAGGGGAAUACCAGUGUACUUCACAGCUAUCCUGAAAACGUGGGGAGGGAAGUGGCGAACGCAGUGGUGCGUCCUCUUGGACAGGCUUUAAUUGCAUCAUCUGUUGGAAAUGAGAGUUUGCUAAAAACAGACAAAGAAGUAAAAUGGACUAUGGAGGUGGUUUGUUACGGUCUGACCCUCCCUCUGGACGGCGAUACUGUGAAAUACUGUGUGGAUGUGUAUACAGACUGGAUUAUGGCCCUUGUGUUACCUAAGGACUCCAUUCCUUUACCUGUUAUUAAGGAACCAAACCUUUAUGUUCAAAGCAUUCUCAAACAUCUCCAAAAUCUCUUUGUACCGAGGCCAGACCCAGGAUCCAGCCAGAUCAGGCUGUGCUUGCAGGUUUUGAAAGCUGUCCAGAAACUGGCUCAUGAAUCCACAAUUAUGGCAAGAGAAACCUGGGAGGUUUUGUUAUUAUUUCUUCUUCAGAUCAAUGACACUCUUCUGGCAGCUCCAACUGUGCAAGGUGGCAUUGCUGAGAACCUGGCUGAGAAGUUAAUUGGGGUGCUGUUUGAGGUGUGGUUACUCGCUUGCACGCGGUGCUUCCCGACACCCCCAUACUGGAAAACUGCCAAAGAGAUGGUGGCCAACUGGAGACAUCACCCUGCAGUGGUUGAGCAGUGGAGCAAGGUCAUCUGUGCCCUUACAUCCAGAUUGCUGCGCUUUACCUACGGCCCUUCCUUCCCUCCGUUUAAGAUUCCUGAUGAAGAUGCUGGUCUGAUUCCUCUGGAAAUGGAUAAUGAGUGCGUUGCACAAACUUGGUUUCGCUUUUUACAUAUGCUGAGUAAUCCUGUGGAUUUGAGUAACCCAGCCAUUAUUAGCUCUACCCCCAAAUUUCAGGAGCAGUUUCUGAAUGUGAGUGGGAUGACUCAAGAGCUGAAUCAGUACCCCUGCCUUAAACAUCUGCCUCAAAUAUUCUUUCGUGCCAUGCGUGGGAUCAGCUGUUUAGUGGAUGCAUUCCUAGGCAUCUCCCGGCCCCGGGCAGACAGUGCCCCCCCCACGCCCGUGAACAGGCUGAGCAUGCCCCAGAACACAGCUACCAACACCACUCCCCCCCACAACCGCCGGCAUCGGGCAGUGACUGUCAACAAAGCAACCAUGAAAACCAGCACUGUAACUACUGCACAUACUUCAAAAGUGCAGCACCAACCCUCCUCUACUUCUCCACUCUCUAGCCCAAACCAGACAAGCUCUGAGCCACGGCCACUACCAGCUCCUCGCAGGCCAAAGGUUAACAGCAUCUUGAACCUCUUUGGAUCGUGGUUAUUUGAUGCCGCGUUUGUUCACUGUAAACUUCACAAUGGAAUAAACAGAGACAGCAGCAUGACUGCUAUAGCCACCCAAGCUAGUAUGGAGUUCCGCCGGAAAGGAUCCCAAAUGUCCACAGACACUAUGGCUUCCAACCCCAUGUUUGACGCCAGUGAAUUCCCAGACAACUAUGAAGCAGGAAGGGCAGAGGCAUGCGGGACACUGUGUAGGAUAUUUUGUAGCAAGAAGACUGGGGAGGAAAUAUUACCAGCUUACCUAUCUCGAUUUUACAUGCUUUUAAUUCAGGGUUUGCAGAUAGCAGAUUUCGUUUGCCACCCCGUCCUUGCCAGUGUCAUUCUGAACUCCCCUCCUCUGUUCUGCUGUGACCUCAAAGGCAUUGAUGUCGUGGUUCCCUACUUCAUUUCAGCUCUUGAAACUAUUUUACCUGACAGAGAACUCUCAAAGUUUAAAAUCUAUGUAAACCCCACAGAACUAAGAAGAGCUUCCAUUAACAUCUUACUGUCUCUGCUGCCUCUCCCUCAUCAUUUUGGAACCAUAAAGUCUGAGGUUGUCCUGGAAGGGAAAUUCAGCAAUGAUGACAGCUCAACAUAUGACAAGCCUGUGACAUUCCUGUCCUUGAAGCUGAGGCUUGUGAAUAUACUCAUAGGAGCUUUGCAGACGGAAACAGAUCCCAACAACACUCAGAUGAUAUUAGGUGCAAUGUUAAAUAUUGUUCAGGAUUCAGCACUGUUGGAAGCCAUUGGCUGUCAGAUGGAAACAAAUGGUGGUGAGAACAACCUCUUCAAGAGCCACAGCCGCACCAACAGUGGCAUCAGCACUGCCAGUGGAGGCAGCACAGAGCCCACGACCCCCGACAGCGAGCGGCCAGCACAGGCCCUCCUGAGGGAUUAUGAUACAGCUGCUGGACUGCUGAUACGCAGCAUCCACCUGGUAACCCAAAGGCUCAACUCCCAGUGGAGGCAGGACAUGAGUAUCUCUCUGGCUGCCCUGGAGCUGCUCUCUGGACUGGCAAAGGUGAGAGCGAUCAGCUCCGUGUGCAGCUACAUCGUGUACCAGUGCAGCCGCCCGGCCCCACUGCACUCCCGGGACCUGCACUCCAUGAUCGUGGCAGCCUUCCAGUGCCUCUGUGUGUGGCUUACGGAGCACCCUGACAUGCUGGAUGAGAAGGAUUGCUUAAAGGAGGUGUUAGAGAUUGUGGAGCUUGGCAUUUCCGGAAGUAAAUCCAAAAACAGCGAGCAGGAGGUCAAGUACAAAGGGGAUAAGGAGCCAAACCCUGCGUCCAUGAGAGUGAAGGAUGCUGCUGAAGCUACACUAACGUGCAUUAUGCAGUUGCUCGGGGCAUUUCCUUCCCCCAGUGGCCCUGCUUCUCCCUGCAGUUUGGUGAAUGAAACCACCUUGAUCAAGUACUCCCGUUUGCCCACCAUAAACAAGCACAGCUUCCGCUACUUCGUCUUGGAUAACAGUGUCAUCCUGGCCAUGCUGGAGCAGCCCCUAGGCAAUGAGCAGAGUAAGUUUUUCCCCUCUGUCACGGUUCUGAUCCGUGGGACAUCUGGAAGAUUUGCAUGGGCCCAGCAACUCUGUCUCUUGCCAAGAGGAGCUAAAGCAAAUCAAAAGACAUUCGUACCAGAACCUCGACCAGCUCCUAAAAACGAUGUUGGCUUGAAGUACAGUGUGAAACAUCGCCCUUUCCCUGAAGAAGUGGACAAGAUCCCAUUUGUGAAAGCUGACUUGAGCAUUCCUGAUUUACAUGAAAUUGUGAAUGAGGAACUGGAAGAGCGCCAUGAGAAGCUGAGGAAUGGCAUGGCCCAGCAGAUUGUCUUUGAGACUUCCAUAGAUCAGAGAAGUGAAGAGGAGUGGCGGAAGAAGAGCUUUCCUGAUCCCGUCACGGAGUGCAAGCCGCCGCCGCCAGCGCAGGAGUUCCAGACAGCACGUCUGUUCCUCUCUCACUUCGGGUUCCUCUCGCUAGAGGCAUUGAAGGAACCUGCUAACAGUCGUCUACCUCCUCACCUGAUUGCACUUGACUCUGCUCUUCCUGGGUUUUUUGAUGACCUUGGCUACUUGGAUUUACUACCUUGUCGUCCUUUUGAUACUGUUUUCAUUUUCUACAUGAAGGCAGGCCAGAAAACAAGCCAGGAGAUCCUGAAGAACAUGGAGUCUUCCAGAAUUGUUCAGCCCCACUUUUUGGAGUUCUUGUUGUCUCUUGGCUGGUCUGUUGACGUGGGGAAGCACCCUGGGUGGACUGGCCACGUCUCGACAAGCUGGUCAAUCAACAGCUGCAGUGAUGAAGAGGGGCCUGAGCAAGAUGAGCUAGUUAUCUCAGAAGAUGUUGGGGCAAGUAUCUUCAAUGGGCAGAAGAAGGUGCUGUACUACGCAGAUGCCCUGACAGAAAUCGCCUUCGUCGUCCCAUCGCCAGUGGAGUCCCUGACUGAUUCACUGGAAAGCAGUGUCUCUGACCAAGAAAGUGACUCCAACAUGGAUCUGCUGCCAGGGAUAUUGAAGCAACAGCCUCUGACACUUGAACUCUUCCCCAAUCAUACAGACAAUCUUAAUCCCUCCCAACGGCUGAGUCCUACUUCCAGAUCCAAGAGGAUGCCUCAGGGCCGGACCAUUCCACCGAUGGGACCUGAAACCAAAGUGUAUGUGGUCUGGGUGGAACGUUACGAUGAUAUAGAAAACUUCCCCCUCCCUGAUCUGGUGUCUGAGACUAGCACUGGUGUGGAAACAACAGCCAAUAGUAGCACUUCCCUGAGAUCUACGAUUCCUGAGAAGGAAGUUCCUGUGAUCUUUAUCCAUCCUUUAAACACUGGCUUAUUCAGGAUAAAACUGCAAGGAGCAACUGGGAAAUUCAACAUGGUUAUCCCACUGGUGGAUGGAAUGAUAGUCAGUAGGAGAGCUCUGGGUUUUCUAGUGAGGCAGACAGUCAUAAACAUUUGUCGGAGGAAGAGGCUGGAAAGUGACUCGUACAACCCUCCCCACGUGCGCCGGAAACAGAAGAUCGCAGACAUCGUCAAUAAGUACCGGAACAGGCAGCUGGAGCCCGAGUUUUAUACCUCGCUUUUCCAGGAGGUUGGGCUCAAGAACUGCAACCCCUAGGUCGUUACCCUUCCAGGACAAUGAGGUCAGGGCUUGGUGGCUACGCUAAUGAAAACAGUUAAAUAACAACGACAAAUUUCCUCAGCCCUCCGGAAUUCAGGAAAUCGUGUUCUAGCACAAGUCAGCAGAUAUCAUGUGGGAGGAAUGAGAAAUGAAGCCAAAACAGUGCAGUUGGGCUACUGACUUAAUUCACCUACUGAAUUCCAGUCUUCCUGGAUGCUAGCAACAUAAUCCCUUCA